CCACUCCAUACCCAAUUCCCAUUUCAAGUGCGUUCCCCGUUCUUCCUUCCGGUCUCGCUUCCAGAACGCAAUAAACGGGGAAAGAAGGGGAAAUUGAACGGGGAAGGAUACAUCGCGAGGAGUUGGAGGUGAUCUCCCGGUGGUUGGGUGGGAUGAUGGCUCAAUCCAAGUACAUCCUUGCGCUUCUCACCUUCAUCACCAUCGGGAUGAUCAUAGGUUCUUUGUUUCAGUUGGCAUUUAUUUGGCGAUUAGAAGAGCCAUCUGGUACUUCUCAUUGGGAAAAUGACAAGGAGGCUUCACUCCUUCGCCUGGGACUCGUAAAACCUGAAAUCCUCAGCUGGUCACCACGAGUAAUUCUUUUUCAUAAUUUCUUAAGCAUGGAGGAAUGUGAUUAUCUUAGAGCAAUUGCUAAACCACGCCUUCGGAGUUCUACAGUUGUAGAUAUCAAAACAGGGAAGGGUAUGAAAAGUGAUGUUCGAACCAGUUCUGGUAUGUUUCUAAGUUCAGAAGAAAGGAAGUAUCCAAUUAUAGAGGCCAUUGAAAAGCGGAUUGCUGUAUUCUCUCAAGUUCCUGCAGAAAAUGGAGAGCUCAUUCAAGUACUUAGGUAUGAAACAAGUCAGCUUUACAGACCUCAUCAUGAUUACUUUUCUGACACUUUUAACUUAAAGCGUGGAGGCCAACGUGUAGCAACAAUGCUCAUGUAUUUAAGUGAUGAUGUUGAAGGAGGUGAAACAUACUUUCCAAUGGCUGGAUCUGGUGAGUGCAGUUGUGGCGGAAAGGUGGUUAAGGGGCUUUGCGUGAAACCAAAUAAAGGGGAUGCAGUUCUUUUCUGGAGCAUGGGGCUUGAUGGGGAAACAGAUCCAAAUAGUCUUCAUGGAGGAUGCGCGGUUCUGAGGGGAGAGAAGUGGUCAGCCACAAAAUGGAUGAGGCAAAAAGCUAGCUUUUGAGUUUUCUUUUUCCCUUUUCAAAUCCAAUACCUACUUUUUUUCUUAAAUUUUCUCGACACUGAAAUAGAUAGCAAAGGUGUUAAAAUUAUAGUUGUUUGUAAUGAGCACUUGUCGGAUUCUUGAGAGCACCAGUAGAUAUCUUACAUAGUGGAAUCCUGAGGGAAGCAGCUUCACAA